UAACAUCAUAUAAGUUAUCUUAUCUCCAUAUAUUCAAUAUUUUAAGGAAUGUCAGCAUCUGCAUGAAGCCAUAAACUCGCACCUUAUAUACUUUGGCACUGUGCUUGCAAGAGACAUUAUUUUCCAGAGUGCCCUCGGAGGGGGAAAAAAGAGAGAAAUUUUUCAAUGGAUGAAAAGUCCCUCUACAAUUCCCACUUUCCUCCAGGAAUAAGAUUUCAUCCAUCUGAUGAAGAACUAAUUAUUUAUUACUUGCAGAAGAAAGUAAAGUCACUUCCACUUCCAGCAAACCUGAUGACUGAUAUAGAGCUUUAUAAGUAUAACCCUUGGGAGCUACCCAAGAAGGCUUUGUUCGGAGAAGAUGAAUGGUACUUCUUCACCCCAAGGGAUAGGAAGUAUCCAAACGGGGGAAGACCCAAUAGAACAGCCGCUUCAGGUUUCUGGAAGGCUACUGGCACCGAUAAGCCAAUUGUUGGUUCUUCUGGUUCAGGACGGAUAGGGGUUAAGAAAGAUCUUAUAUUCUAUAAAGGUAAACCACCAAAAGGGGUCAAGACAGAUUGGGUCAUGACUGAGUACAGACUGUGUGGCAUGACUUCUAGACCGUUACAGUCUAAAGGGUCCAUGAGACUGGAUGACUGGGUAUUGUGUCGUGUUCGACAAAAAGGCAACAAGUCAAAGAAUGCAUGGGAGGUUCAACAGAAUUCUGGUGAACUUCUGGAGUACCUUCCUAGGAUUGAGGAACACCCUUCAGUUUAUAUAGAUGAUGGCAGAGAAAUGUUUGCAGAUUAUUUUUUAUCAAACGGCUGUCACCUAUUAGCUUCCUUACUCACUGGACAUGACCAGACAAUUGAAACUAUUCCUAGAGCAACCUUUCAAGGCAACAGUAGUGAAACAAUUAAUCGUCACAGACUCAGUACAGUAAAUACUCCGGAAACAAAUUCUUCUUUUCAGAGUUUCUUCAAUUCAUUACCAGGCCAACCUAACAAGGAGAAUUGGGGUCUGAAUUUUCAGCUACUUACAAAGAUGAUACCUCAUCAACACGAAGAUAAGGACCUUCUAUCAGGAAACAUGGUAGCUGCAGGAGAUACAAACUUAUACAUCCAACAUAUGUCUGAAAGAGACAAUAUCAACUAUAAUCCAUCAAAUUUCGUCAUGAACUUGCAGCAUCUUGAUAUGCCAACAUUAUCUGAAAAUUUCGUCAGUGACUGAGUAAACUUCCCCCCAAAAGGAAAUUAUUCUCAGCACAGGUGCAGUAACAAAGCUAUGUGAGCACCAUAAGUUUACACCUUCAAUAAGAUGGAACAAAGCAUAUCGUUCUAUAUGCCCUAGCAUAAUCAACUAUUAAUACUAUCAGUUCAUGUAAUUCAUGUUCAUAAGUCUAUGCUUUACUGGAGUAUAUAUUCAUAAAUAAUCAAAAUUUAUGUUUUCUAUGUUCUAAAGUUAUUUUUAUUGCCAUAUUUUGUUUUCUUUAGUUGUAUUGUUUGAAUAAUUUCAUGGAUAAUUGCAAUCUCAGAACAAAAUCUCCAUACUUUUUUCUAUUUUCAAAAUAAAGAAUCCAUAUUUUUAAUUUGUUAUUUCUUCUUUUAUUUAUUUAUUCUUCUCUCUCAUCUUGGGUUCCCAACAGUCAUUACUACAAAAUGAGGUUCAAUAAAACAGUUGUCCCUGGUGCAACCUGAAUCCCUUUUUGUAUUAAACUACCCAAGUCAGGGAAAACAUGGUAUGGCCGGAGAGAAAAGCGUGGAUUUCAUUAAGGAUUUUGUCUACAAGAGGCAACAGAAGUUUGUAUUGAAGCACGACUUGUAGAAGGUCUCUGUUAGAAUAUUGGAAACAUGAAAUUACAAAGAUCCGUUUAUCCUGAAUGAACAUUUCAGAGAGCACGUUGGAGAAGUCUUGCUAUUUACAAGAACCGAUACUUGCGAGGUAAAAACUUCUUUUAGUUCGUCGGAAGCAAAAAUUUGGCUUGAUCAACCAGAUAAGUUGCUAUAUGGGGUAAUAUUAUGCUGUUUGAAGAAUAAAAGGGAGAAGGAAAAACAUUGUUUGCUCUAUCACAUCUAAGAUAAGUGAGGUGGAAGGCAUAGGAAAACACAAUUGACCCAGAGAGGAUUAAUUAUACUUAAUGAAAAUUACAUGUAAACAUGAACAGGCUGAGCAAUCUAGAUAGUGGGGGUUAUGAAGCUCCACAACCAUAUACACAUUGAUUAGCUCCUGUUGUUGUAUCUCAUUUCCUAUCUAAGAUAUUACUAGAGAAGUGAUUAUAUUUCAAAGCCAUUUAAAGCAGGGGGAUAGAUGAUUACACAUUAAAAGGAGGACACAACAAAAUCAUGGUACACAUUGGAAAAGCUUGAAAACUUCUUGAUCAGAAAUGAACUCAACAAAC